AUGCCGGAGGUCAUGUCCAUCGUGAAAACUCCCAAGGAGGCGUUCCAGGGCAUGGUGGACAAGGGCGUGGGGAUGGGCGGCGACUCGUCCAUCAAGAUCUUCCACCAAUCUUUCUAUGCGGGUUGCUACAUUGGCUUCGGUGGCAUGCUGUCGAUGGUGGUGGCUGGCGGUCUGAAAAGCGCAGCCGAGGACAACCCGACCAUUCAGACCUUUGUGUUCGCUGCGCUCUUCCCUGUAAACCUGCUGCUCAUCCUCCUCACAGGUGGGGUGCUGAUCACGGGCACUGCGGCGACCGUGCCUGCCGCGGUGUUUGAAGGCAAGCUGCCCCCUGUGCAGAUCGCGAGGACGUUUGCGCUGGCUUGGCUGGGCAAUCUGCUUGGCGCCUUGCUCUUCGCCGGCUUUGUCACGGCCUGUAACUUGAACGUGGGCCUGACUAGUGAGCUUGCGAUCAAGGUGGCGGAGAAGAAGAUCAAGGAGAACUUUGGGGUCACCUUCCUCAAGGGAAUCGGUUGCAACUGGUUGGUGUGCAUGGCUGUGUUCCUGCAGGGCCAAGCGCAGGACAUGGUUGGCAAGAUGGUGGGCAUCUGGUUCCCCAUAUCUUGCUUCGUGGCCAUCGGCUUCGAGCAUAUCCCAGCCAACAUGUUCAUGAUCCCCAUGGGGAUGAUGGCCGGCGCCGACGUGUCAGUGCUAGAUUGCCUCUGGAGGAAUUUCAUCCCGGUGACCCUCGGGAACAUCUUUGCAGGUUCCAUCUUCGUGGGUGGUGGCUACUCUUUCGCCUUCGGCAGGUUAGGCAGCUCGCCGAUGUUCAACAUGCCCACGAAGGAGCAGGGUCCCUGA